AUGGACUUCCCGCGCAGCGGCACUCUACGUUCACUGAGGUGGUGCAACGCACAGCAGCAGAGCCUGAGAGCCCUGGGUGUCGAGGACUGCGCCGGCUGGGCGGCUGGGCGGCAGGGCGGCAGGCCAUUCAUCAGCACCUGCACCCAGCCACCACAUAAAUCACACACUUCGGCCCCCGCCGGCGAAAUUGGUCCGCGCCACGCGGGCUCCACCUCAGACAACCCCGAAUACCCGACCCAAGAAUGCAGAGUCCAUCACCGGCGGUGCCGUGUGUACAGGGAUGCGGGCCGCAGCGUGUCGCGCACCGCCAUAUCGAUUUCCACGCAGCCGCCGCCGCCGCCGCUGACGCCGCACCUGCAGGUAAUAGUGUUUGGCGACAGGAGUGCGUUAGGCUGCCGGAAGGCGGCGCCUGCGACCCUGUCGCGCAGACUUCCCCCCGGACCGCAGCAGACGCGCCGCCUGCCGGCCGGCCGGCCAAUUACACGAGUGGCGCCUAAUGGAAGCGACCGGCGCACCUCAAUUAGGCGGCGGCACCGCACCGCACCGCACCGCACCGCGGCCCAGCGCGCUCACUCAGGGCUCCGGGCGCAGGCAGCCGCUCCCACUGCGCCGCCCCUGCCGCAGGUCCCAGCAGCUGCCGCACCACCACCUAGCACCUCGCCGCCACCGCAGCCACAGCCCUACAUCCCGGUGGAGAUUUUAUCACUCACUAGCUAG